CUCUCAUGAUGUUUCUUCUCACCUCACGUCGUACAACAUCUCACAUACUAUCUCUAUCGAGAGCUAUAGAGCCUAUUUUAUCCGUUUCUCAUCCGACUCAUCGUUUACCUCUACCCUAUCACCUGAACAGAUCCGUUCAACCUAACAAAUACUUCGGCAAAAUGGCUUCCGCAGCAACCAUCUAUGACUUCAAGCCCUUGGACAGCAUGCAAGGGCCAAGAAUACCCCCUCUCCAACUUCAAAGACAAAGUAAUCCUCAUUGUCAACGUCGCCUCCAAGUGCGGCUUCACCUCACAGUAUGCCGGUCUUCAGGAGCUCUACAAAAACAUCACCGCCAAGCACCCAGACCAGUUCGUCAUCCUUGGCUUCCCCUGCAACCAGUUCGGCGGCCAGGAACCCGACGCCGAGGCGGAAAUCGUCACCUUUUGCGAGCGCAACUUUGGCGUCACCUUUCCCAUUAUGCAAAAGAUUGAGGUGAAUGGUGACAAUGCCCACCCCUUGUUCGAGUGGCUCAAGGAGCAAAAGUCUGGCCUCCUCGGGCUCAAGAGGAUCAAGUGGAACUUUGAGAAGUUUUUGAUUGGCAAGGACGGCCAGGUUAAGGGGAGAUGGGCUAGUGUGACGGGCCCGGCUUCUCUGGAGAAGGAGAUCUUGGCUGAGUUGGAGAAGUAAACAAUGAGCGGUUUUGAUGUUGUUUUCUGUCAGGAUCCAGGGGUAUGUUGCUUUUGGAUAAGAGGGCUUUGGAGAGGGAACUGCGAGCUUGGACAAAUUGAUAUACCCUACUUUUUGCAAGAGACAAUAAACAUGAAUAAUGAGCACAUGCGUUUUGCAUUGGCCUAUCGUGAUUGCUGCCA